AUGACUGAAAAGCGUGCGAGGUACAACGGAGGUAGGGGAGACGGAAACAGUAAAUGUCUCUUCCACACAACAGAAAUAAAUAGCACAGAUCGCCUAAAAGAUAACGAAUGUGUAAUGAAAGAUCUAAAACUCUCUCUCUCUCCAAGCACGGAAGUUGAAUCAGAACCGAAAUCUUUCCAAGGCACAACGAAAUUGAAACAAUUAUUCAUUCUAACAUUACAUUCUUUUGCUGUCGUAUUCUGUGGUUUCCAACUUUAUUCCGCUAUAAAUCUCUUUUCCUCUUCAUCUUCAUUCUUUCAUAAAGCUUCGAAUAAUUAA